AUGCCUCCUCGCCAGCGAAUCGCAGUGUUUGAAGAUGUGAGUGAAGUGGUUAAGAGAUCUCGGUUGGCCGAAUCUAGCAGUGCUUCUGGGAUAGUUGAACGGUGGAUCCGGAGUGGUACAUCUACAAGAGUAAGUUCUAGUGCAGCUUCUGUGCCGGUACUCCGUGAUGUAAGAGAGUAUGGAGAGAUAGAGGUUCCUUAUCCGACGGUAGGGUCAUCUCAAGAGAGGGUGCUUACCUUAAAUGAAGUCCGAACAAGUGACAGUGACGUAGUAGUGGGAACCUUCCUUGUGCAGUCUGUGCCGGCAACAGUCUUGUUUGAUUCAGGGGCAUCUAACUCGUUUAUAUCACCCGGCCUCGUGAAGAAGUUGGGCUUAUCUGGGAGCGUGGGAGUGAGGUUUAAUGUGAAGUUAGCGUCAGGAGAAGUUAGGGUGUGUGACCGUCUUUUUGAGGGCAUCAAGGUCUGUAUCAAAGGUGAAGAGUUUCCUAGUGAUCUAAUCCAGUACGACUUGGACGGGAUGGAUGUGGUCCUAGGUAUGGACUGGUUGGGGCGGUUUAGAGCCCAAAUCUUGUGCAAAGAUCAGAAGAUAGUGCUACGAGGACCCAGCGGGAAGAGAGUGUCAUACCGUGGAAAGAUGGAAGAACCCGGAAUUAAGUUGGUGUCUAUGGUAAAGAUGAAGAGGUACAUGGACAAGGGCAAUGAUGUGUACUUGUGUUCCGUCGAGAACUUGGAGGCAAAGGAGGAAGUGGCACAUACGAUACCUGUAGUCCGUGAGUUUCUUGAUGUUUUUCCCGAAGAAAUACCGGGUAUGCCGCCUACUAGGGAAGUGGAGUUUUCAGUGGAUCUCGUGCCGGGCACUGCACCCAUCUCUAAAGCCCUAUAUCGUUUGGCUGCGCCAGAAAUGCAAGAAUUGAAGGCUCAGUUGCAAGAACUCCUUGACAAGGGUUAUAUCCGGCCAAGUGCAUCGCCUUGGGGAGCUCUGGUGUUGUUUGUAAAGAAGAAGGACGGGACUAUGAGGUUGUGUAUCGACUACCGGGAGCUGAAUCAAGAUUACCAUUAA